UUCGAAUCAUAAAGACUGUAUACGGAGAACACACCAAUCUAUGGUGGAAGUAAUAUUUUUUUUUACCGUACAAUGUCAAGAUUCAAGUUAUCGCAAGCAUUAUUAAAGGAAGAUCAUGCCAAAUAUUUAAUCAAGUUUCUACACACGUUGCCCAGUGAUUUAGCAGAAUAUGAUUCUUCCAGGCUUCUUAUAGCAUUUUUUGCUAUAUCAGGUUUAGAUUUAUUGAACUGUUUACAUAACCUUAGUGAACAAACAAAAUUACAGGCGAUAGAAUGGAUCUACAGGCUUCAAGUUACUGGAGCUGGACCACGCUCUGGUUUCCAACCAUCUACAACAAUACCGAAAGAUGCUCCAGAAUAUCAGUGUGGUCAUUUAGCAAUAACGUACAUUGGACUGGCUACCCUUUUGAUCCUCGAUGAUGACUUAAGCAGAAUAGAUAAAAAAGCUAUCAUUGAAGGAGUACGUGCUUGUCAAAAUCCAGAUGGAUCAUUUAAAGCUAUCGUAGCAGGAAGCGAAAGUGACAUGAGAUUUCUCUACUGUGCUUGUUGUAUAUCUAUGAUUUUGAAUGACUGGUCAGGCAUUGACAAAGUAAAAGCCAUUGACUAUAUUUUAAAGAGUAUUUCGUAUGAUGGAGCAAUGGGCCAAGGACCUGGUCUUGAAUCACAUGGAGGAUCUACAUUUUGUGCUAUAGCCAGUUUAUUCCUUAUGAAUGAGCUUCAUAAUGUCCUGACAAAUAAUCAAUUAAAUAGAUUAAGAAGAUGGUGUGUUAUGAGACAAGAUGGUGGCUUCGGAGGACGACCUGGGAAACCAUCUGAUUCUUGUUAUAGCUUCUGGGUGGGAGCAACGCUACAGCUGCUUGAUGCUUACAAAUUUUCAGAUAAUGAAGACAAUAGAACAUUCCUUUUUUAUUGUCAAGAUGACAUGUAUGGUGGAUUUGCAAAAAAUGUUUGUUGUGAAGUCGAUCCCCUGCAUACAUACUUAGGUUUAUGUGGUUUAAGUCUUUUAGGAGAGCCUGAUUUAUGCACACUGCAUGCUGCUCUUAACAUUUCUGACAGAGCAUACAAGAAGUUGUUAGACCUUCACUUUCUUAUGAAGUAAUUAAAACACUCGAAUACCAUAUCAUGCGCACAGAGUAAUAGUUACAAAAGGGGAAAAUUUCGUAUUUCGUCGUGAAUACUGUUUGUACAAUUCUUACAGACUCUCUGUGAUGAUUAUUUAUGAGAACAAUUAUUCUAAAAGCGUCAAUUAACCGAUCAGCGUGGAAGCAUUUAAGCGUCUGGCUUUACCAAACUGUGGAAGAAUUUCCGUAUGGAGCAAGAAUAAUCGCACACUAAUUUUUUAAAAAUAGAAUAACUUUGUUAAUAAUUUAUGCAUUUUGUUUUGAACUUUAAAAAAUAUUCUGUAAAUAUUAAAACUUUAAGUAAUAUAUUUCACUUUACUUUAACAGUUAAA